UCCAUCCCCUUCCCCUACUUUGUGAUUAGCUCAUCAAUGAGAACCCAGAAAGCAUGCCAUAAAUCCGACAGCCCCACCCGGGGAGACUGCAGGUGGCUGAGCUCGGGUGCCAGACCGUGCUUGGUGUGGGGCCAUGGAGGGUUCCAGAAGGUCCUAGUGAAUAAAGGCCCAAGGGGCGUGCCCUCGAUGUGUGCUCGUGGUGCAGCGCCGGCGGGGGCCAGGAGGGGGAGCUGCAACCGGGGCUGUGGGCUGCAGCCUCUCAGGGCUUCUGGCAGCUCCGUGGCCAUGGAUGUGUUCCAGAAGGUAGAGAAGAUCGGAGAGGGCACCUACGGGGUGGUGUACAAGGCCAAGAACAGGGAGACAGGGCAGCUGGUGGCCCUGAAGAAGAUCAGACUGGAUUUGGAGAUGGAGGGCGUCCCAAGCACUGCCAUCAGGGAGAUCUCCCUGCUCAAGGAACUGAAGCACCCCAACAUCGUCCAGCUGCUGGACGUGGUGCACAACGAGAGGAAGCUUUAUCUGGUGUUUGAGUUCCUCAGCCAGGACCUGAAGAAGUACAUGGACUCCACCCCAGACUCGGAGCUCCCCCUGCACCUCAUCAAGAGCUACCUCUUCCAGUUGCUGCAGGGGGUGAGUUUCUGCCACUCACAUCGGGUCAUCCACCGAGACCUGAAGCCCCAGAAUCUGCUCAUCAAUGAGUUGGGUGCCAUCAAGCUGGCUGACUUCGGCCUGGCUCGAGCCUUCGGGGUGCCCCUGCGCACCUACACCCACGAGGUGGUGACACUGUGGUAUCGCGCCCCCGAGAUUCUCUUGGGCAGCAAGUUCUAUACCACAGCUGUGGAUAUCUGGAGCAUUGGUUGCAUCUUUGCAGAGAUGGUGACUCGAAAAGCCCUGUUUCCUGGUGACUCUGAGAUUGACCAGCUCUUUCGUAUCUUUCGUAUGCUGGGGACACCCAGCGAAGCCACAUGGCCCGGGGUCACCCAGCUGCCUGACUAUAAGGGCAACUUCCCUAAGUGGACCAGGAAGGGACUGGGAGAGAUCGUGCCCAGUCUGGAGCCAGAGGGCAGGGACCUGCUCAUGCAACUCCUGCAGUAUGACCCCAGCCGGCGGAUCACAGCCAAGACUGCCCUGGCCCACCCGUACUUCUCGUCCCCCGAGCCCUCUCCGGCCGCCCGCCAGUAUGUGCUGCAGCGAUUCUGCCGUUGAGAACAUCAAGACCACACUCAGAUCCUCUCUCGAGCAGCUGCUGCCCCAGCUGCCUCCUACCCAUUGCUGAGAGAGGACGCAUCUGGGGAGAGCAGAGCGCUAAGGAAUUUGGCAUCAGCCUGCAGAGGGCUGAGUCUAGGUUAGUCCUGCCCACAGGUUAGGGAGAUCCUGUGUGUUUUUUGGGUUUGAUGGUGCCGUUUCAAAAUAGAGGCAUGGUUGCUCCAUGCACGAGGGGUCCCCAGGCACUGGAACAACAUGUGCCAAGUUGAAGGCAGGGGGCCUGCCAGAGCUGGGUGUAGGUGUGCAAGCCCUCACCUGCCCCGCCUGCAGGGCCAGACCCUGAGGAAAUGGCGCCCCCUGCUGGUCUUUUUGGAUUUAAAAUGUUUGGGGGAAGAGUUGAGUUCCAGUUAAGAGUCCCAAGUUAAACAGGAGGGAAGUGAGGGAGAGGAGAGAGGGCAUUCCCCGGAUCCCAGGAGAGCUGGGCUGUGACUGCACUAAAGAGUCCUUCCUUCACCUGAGAUAUGCUGCUUUUGGUUCGUUUCUGGCCUGACAACAAGAAAUAAAUGUGAUAUGUUCCUGAG